AUGUGUAAUUGUUUACAAAACUUACUGUUCUUCAUCUGUAUUAUGUUAACGACGGCACAUGGGCAAGCCAAAUCACCACACAUACUUUUCAUAGUAGCAGACGACUUUGGAUGGAAUGAUGUGGGAUUCCGUAAUCCAAACAUCUCCACCCCAAACAUCGACAAAUUGGCAAAGGAGGGAAUCAUACUGGACCAGGCAUAUGUACAGCCUGUAUGUUCUCCAUCCCGGAGUGCUUUCAUGACAGGGAUGUAUCCUUUCAAAACGGGACUACAGCAUUUGGUGGUUUGGCCUGACCAGAAGGUGUGCGCGCCAACUAAUCUUACAUUCCUACCACAACACCUGAAAAAACUUGGAUAUGCAACGCAUAUGAUAGGAAAAUGGCACCUUGGAUUCUGUAAGUGGCAGUGUACACCCACCUACCGCGGAUUUGAUUCUUUCUAUGGUUAUUACACGGGGCGAGAGGAUUACUACAGAAAAAAUAACAGUCAUGAUAAACUUCUUGGAUUUGACUUCAGGAAGAACAUGGAAACUGAUGAAGAAGCGAUUGGCACGUACUCUACGUUUCAGUAUACUACCCGAGCGCUGAAUUUGAUUGCACAACACAACAAGAGUCAACCAUUUUUCGUGUAUAUGCCUCUACAAUCUGUUCACGAGCCGAUUCAGGUGCCCAUUGAGUAUGAAAAUAUGUACAACCAUAUACGUAAUGAAGGCAGAAGAAAAUUUUCUGGAAUGGUGACAGCAAUGGAUGACGUCAUCGGUAAUGUCACAGAGGCUCUGAAGGCAAACGACAUGUAUGACGACACACUUAUUAUCUUUUCGUCAGAUAAUGGCGGCUGGCCCACCGAGUAUGGAAACAAUUUCCCAUUACGAGGCUCUAAGAUAACGGUAUACGAGGGUGGUACCAGAGUGACGUCAUUUAUACAUGGGACCGGACUUAAAAAGACAGGAUACACUUAUCGUGGGAUGAUUCACGCCGUUGAUUGGAGUCCAACGAUAGUAGCGGCUGCCGGUGGAGUUCCUGAUAAGAACAUUGACGGCAUAAACCAGUGGGAUAAUAUUAGGACGGGAGGUCAGUCAAGCCGGACAGAAUUUAUAUACAACCUUGAUGAUCUGCCUCCGUAUCAGACAGGUCACGCAGCUAUCCGUAUGGGAGAUUAUAAGCUGAUUGUCGGUUACCCGGGAUUGUACCCUAACUGGUAUCCCCCUCCCACAUACACAGAUGAUAACUAUAUCAAGGAAGUGCCCUACGACGGCAGCCAGAAUAACAAAACACAGUUGUUCAAUCUAAAAGAUGAUCCAAACGAACACGAUGAUCUAUCGACGAAACUUCCUGACUUGGUGGAGAAACUUCGGACAAGGAUGGCGGAGUAUCACAAACAGAUGGUUCCGGCUAACUACCCAGCGGGUACGUCAACGGCCGACCCGAAGAACUAUAAUGGCUUCUGGACCCCUGGAUGGUGCUAACGUUAUUCUUUUUUCUUUUUGUUCAAAUUUUCGUUGCUCCACCAAAAUAUUAACUUUGAAAAGGAAUGUAUUUUAGAGGAAUUACUGCAAUUGACUUGAGCUUACAUUACCAAUCUUAUUUCAAAGUAUCUUUUUUUCCUUUUCCCUAUUAUUUUCUCUUCCGUAAUCUAGUGAAAAAUAGAGGCCCUGUUUAAAACAAUCUUUACUGUAGUUGUUUUACCUACUGUUUAUUCGCAGUUUUAAUAUACUUGUUAUACGGCGCGAUUUAUGCAACAAGGAUUCGAUAAUGUGAAUUGUAUUUAAAGAAUAUAGAAUAAACACUCACAGACAGCAUGUGGAAAACUCGAACUGUUUUCAAGAUCACCAUUAUCAUAACGUUUCACCGCUGCAAUCAUAAGAAAAAAGUCCUUUGUAUACGAUGGUUUCGUUGUCUUCAUUGUAUUAGUAGAUUAUUCAUUCAAGUACACGUACUUGUGAUUUCGAUAAGGGUUCAGCACCAAUGUGUUCCUAAACAAGAUUCUGAUAAACAUAUCUACAUUGAUUGUUAAAGAGGGAUAAU